UGGUUCCUGCCGAUGCUGACAGUUAUUAACAACAAUUAGGUAAAUCUUAUUUCUAACUACUUCGUAUUGUGAAGUUGCUAGCAGGUAGCUAGGUAAAUCGUCUUCACUACCUGGUCUACGCGGAAACAUGAGGUAAACUAGCGCAUCUGUAGUUAAAACAAUGCCGACAUGUAUCCAAGCACUCGGCACCUGUCUAAAAGCUCUUUCACAUGGUCGCUGCUGUUGUAGACGAUUACAAAUAUUGGCAAACCUUUGCCACUGCUACUUCCAUUGGUCUCCUUGGUUUGAUUUUUCUUCGCAAGUACGUUAUUUUAACGCAUUUCAGCGUAAGCGGGCUCUCGGGAUGAGUGCUUUAGAAGAAGGAUGGCUAAAAGCUGAUGGCUAUAGCAUCUACGCGUGGUCGGUGUCAGGAUACGAGACAUGCGUAGUCGUCAAGUCAGACGAUCUUCAGAGUAUUUCAUUUGACAUGGGUGCCUCCAUUCCACAGAGUCUUGGAUGUGCAAAUGUUUUUAUCAGCCAUGGCCAUAUGGAUCACAUAGGAGCAGUAUCAAGUCAUGCUGCCAAGAGGGGGCUCUUUGGACUGCGCAAGGCUCAAUAUUUUGUACCACCACAUUUGGUAGAGAAACUGAAAAGUGUCACAGAUGCCAGCUUUGCUAUGUCGGAAAAUACGGAAGCUCUGAAAGAUGUCAAUAUUAUACCAUUUGGCAAAAAUAUUACCAUAAAUUUGCCAAACAACUACCUCAUGAGAACAUUUCCUACUGUUCAUCGUAUUCCCAGCCAAGGCUACAUCUUGUAUAAACAGAUAAAGAAACUCAGACCUGAGCUGGUGGGCCAGCCUGCCACAAAAAUUGCUGAGAUGCAUCGUAAAAAUGUGCCGAUUCACGAUGUCAUUACUACACCAGAACUGGCCUAUACAGGUGAUACAACAAUAGAAGUGUUUUUGAAUCCACCCACAGAAGACCUUUUACGGGUAAAAAUCCUAGUGACAGAAGCCACGUAUUUGGGCCACCAUGACACAUCAGAUAACAUCCGCAAAGCAAAAGAAUUUGGUCAUACUCACCUGCAAGAAUUGAUAGACAAUGCCCACCUGUUUAAAGAUAUAGGAAACAUCAUUCUUAUGCAUUUUUCUGCCAGGUACUCAUCUCAGGAUGUUCAACAAAUUGUUGCCUCAAGCAUACCAGAGGAACUGAAGGGAAAAGUUCAUUGUGCUAUAACAGCAAAAGAGAAAAUGUCUUGAUUUUAGUUUUUUUUGUAGAAGAUUUUUUAACCUGAUGAUUUUAGCUUAAUAGUGGAUGGUUUUGGUGGGUUGUGAUGCAUAUUUGCAAUUGCUGCUUUAAGCCUUUAAUAUAUUCAAAAGAUAAGGUCAAUAUCUAAAUAAAUAAAAAUUCUGAAAUUUGUCACUGCAGCAUUGGUCAGAUCAGUGUGUGGAGUGAAGUUUUUUCUUUUACUUCCAAGUAUGCAAAGUACACAGCUUUUGAUUUUAGCUUAAUAGUGGAUGGUUUUGGUGGGUUGUGAUGCAUAUUUGCAAUUGCUGCUUUAAGCCUUUAAUAUAUUCAAAAGUAAGGUCAAUAUCUAAAUAAAUAAAAAUUCUGAAAUUUGUCA